GUCAAGUGGGCCUGGCAAUACGAUUCGUCGGGCAAACUCCUCUGGGAAAGCAAACACACUCUCAAAAUUCCUAGAUUUUCCGGCGAAUAAAUAUACAUAUAAACCUUUAAUCAGGACUAUUCCGCCAUGGAGCUACUCGAUCCCGACCUCCACAGCAUCGACGAGGUGUAUGCCCAAUUUCAAGAGUACAAAAAACGCCGCGAGCGAGAGCAGCAAGAGCUGGACAACCAGCUAAAGACCAGGUUUAAUCUGGAUGCCGAUCUGAAGGAGCUCAACUCCCAGAUGGCAGCACUGCAGGCGGGGGUGCUGGAGCUCGAGUCGAGGCAGUCGUGUCAAAGAAAAACAACGUCGCAAUCGAACUUAGAUGCGAUUGAGCCUGCUCCACCGGAAGAAGCUGGUUCAUCUCGACAGAAGGAAGAUCCCGAACCAAAACCACUGCUGAUAAAAUGCGGCGUGAGCAAGUGCCUCUUUGAGAGCUGCCAGAGGCGUGUGGACAGCCAGCUGCUUUUGCUGCACUACCUCUGUGAUCAUGACCACAAGGAGGCUUCCUUUCCCCGUUGUCAGCCGCUUUUGGAGGGUGAACGGGUUGUGCUCUCCCUGCAGCCGAAGACCUGCGAGUUUAGGGUUAACCAGGUGUUGGGUCUACUGGCUUACGGUGGGCAGCUAGAGCAGCCGUUUGCCAUGUCUCGGCGACCGCGAAAGAUCUACAACAGCUUCUUGCCGGAGCAGCACUCGCACCUAGAGGCUCACAUCCCAUUGGUGGUCUUAAUUUGCCGGACAGCGACCCAUGCGGCUCUGGGGGACAAGACACAGUUACAAAAUAGGCGGUCACCAGAUAGCCACAAGCAAGAUGUGUUCGUCCUCUGGCUGGUAACACCCAGUGAGCGGAUGCAGUUGAACGCCACGCUCUGCCUCUGCGGCCGUGAUGCUGCAGCAACGGUCGCCACCGUGGUGGCUGUUCGGAAGGUAAGUCACAGUCAGGACACGGAGCAAUUCAUGGCUGUUGACAAAGACUACUGGCGCCUAACGUAUGCCGAAGUGGAAAAACUUUCAAACAAUUUCCGCGAUGAACUGCACCUGGAGGUUUCUCUCACAGAGGCGCCGGCUCCAUAGGGACUUCCUCACUACUCACACUUGCGUUUUCCUGCAGCGCCUUGCACUUGGUCUGCUCCGCCGGAUCGGUCAGCUCCGCGAUGCGUUUGUCCAGCAACUGAGCAGAACAUAGAGAAGUUGAAAGUGACAGUAAAUUGCAUAAUGUCUGCAUUACGUGGCACAAUA